CCCACGAUACGUUCCAACCACUGCUCUGGGAGGGAACGAACUGAGCAUGAAUUCUAAGACAAAAGUGAACCUUGUCCCCUGGGACCCCCAAUCCUCUACACAUCGGCAAUGCCUAGUCAAGCAGCGAGAUGAGUGUGGUUGGGACCAGGAUAAAGUCGAGAACGUCUGGAAAGAAUCGCAGAUCAGCGGAUGCAAAUGUAUUUAUUGGAUUGGAAAUGAAACACUCCGCGACACAGCUGAAUCCAUCAACGGUGUGCCUCGAGAGCCAUCUCAGAAGGAAUUUCUACCCGUCGGACACAUCUCGUUAGAUUCAAAGAACCCAGGCGUAGAAAAAGUGGGACUUGACAGUUCAUCACCCGGCCUAUUCUGGGUUAAAACGUUUUUUGUGUCGGGUGCUUUUCAGAGCAAAGGUGUCGGGCGGGCUGCAAUGGACGAAGUGGAGUCAAUAGCCGCCAAGCAGCCAUUGCUAGCAACAACACUGAUGCUGGACGUCAUCCCCGGGGAGGACCAGACAAGGGAGGAAUUUGCUCUGGCGACUUGCGGAAGCAUUCCCAAGUUUACUACUGAGGAGUGGUACCUUCGGAGGGGAUAUAAGCCUUUGAAGACGGUGCAGAACUUUUAUGAUGUGAUGGAUCGGAAUGGAAAGCCCUGGGACAUGAAGACAGUUUUCAUGAAAAAGGAUAUUUUGUGA